GGUUUGGGUCGAAUGCAUCGUUAAUUUUAUAGGCGCGUGGUAUGAAAACACGGCACAUCGCAUCAGGUUUGUUCACGUGUUAUAUCAAUGUGGCGUGGCGCCGUCAUGGAAAACAUCCUUCAACUUCAUCUUCAUCCAUUUAUAGUUUCAACAGAUAUCGUUUAAAACUGCAAACAAACAUUUUGAAUUUCAUAUGUCUCGUCUUUCCGCUGAUGCCCACUAUCAAAUCAACAGUUACUGACAAGCCCGAUGUCAUCGAUGAUGGAUUACGAAUAUCACGACUACGAGGAUGAAUACACGCCCCUCGACGGCAGCGGUGAUCGACGGCGGACCUUCAAGAAGAAGAAGACUUCACCCGGGCCGUCGAAGAGAACCUCCCGUCUUCCUCCGCCGUCAGAGACCACGUACCGCGGCAAGAACUACGGUCCGAACUCCUACCAGCAGCGAGGCUGCUGCGCCUGCCUCUGCCGCAUCUUUUCGUGUUGGACCCUGGUCGUCGUUCUAGCCACGCUCUGGACUACGUGGUUGACCCUCUGGUUGGUGAGCACCUACUUGCUGGGUCCGACCAUGCCCUCGUCCUCGCUGGGGUCUGGAGGAGGGGUAGGAGGAGGAGGGGGAGGGGCGGAUGGGGUAGCUCAAGUGGUGAAGAUUCCCUAUGAGGUAGCGAGUAAGGCGGGAGCGUUCUGCCUUGAUGGAAGUGCACCUGCAUUUUACAUGAGAAAAGGCGCUAACUCCGGCCUCCACUCGUGGAUCCUCCAUCUCCCCGACGGACAGUGGUGCUACAACGCCACCAACUGCUACCAGAGGAGCCUUACCCCCCUCGGGUCGUCUUCCAGUAUACCAGCAGUAAUCCCUACCCCCGGUUUACUGUCUUCCGAUCCCGAGGUUAACCCUGAUUUCCACAACUGGAAUGUAGUCCAGUUCCAUUACUGCGAUGGCGCCUCUUUUUCAAGUGAUUCACCGAUGGCCUUGAGUAUCUCUGAUGAGGGCGUGAUCUACCAGAGAGGUUCUUUAGUCCUGGAGUCCAUCAUCAACUAUCUUCUCAACACCACUGAGAUGGGUGCUGCGGAGAGGAUCAUCUUAUCUGGAACUGGAUCUGGAGGGCUUGGUGUUUUCUACCAGGCGGAUCACGUGAAGACCCUCCUACCACCUACUUCUACCUACCACGCCCUUGCGGACUCCGCCUUCUAUAUCGAUACUUAUAACCGGUCCGCAUAUAUGCAUAUUAGGAUACAGUUCCAGAGGCUCUUCAAUCUACAUCACAUGCUAGAGAGUCUGGAUUCGGACUGCGUCCAGACACAGGUGUUGGCCGAUCCCGGCAGUGCGUGGACAUGCAUGUUUCCUGAAUACGCCACCAAGUACAUCCAGACACCCCUCUUCAUCACCAACUCUAAGUACGAUCCCUGGUCCAUCUGGAAUAUCCUCAGCAUGCGAUGCCAUCCUCAGGAUUGCCCGGAACUCAAGCCGUUGAUGGAGCGAUUCGGCGCCGACGUCUCCUCGAAGAUCCAGGCAGCGAGGAUGGCCGACGUAGACGGUGUCUUUGUGACGUCAUGCUACACGAGCGAUCUCAUUGGUCAUGGUUGGGAUCACGUGGCCCUUGAAGGGACUGACGUCGUGGUCCGAGAUGCCUUUGCGGCGUGGUACCUGAGGCUCACCAGUGAGGAUCAUGGAGAGCAGAAGAGAUCGGCAGGGCGUGAGCGCGCCGUUGGCGCGACGGCGGCUUUGACGACAGCGGCCGCCGCUCCUGACAGUGCUCUGGACGUCACAGUAGCGGCAUCGCCAGCGUCACCGAGCGAGUACUGGUUCAUUGAUUGUGCCAGUAGCAUGAUGUGCAAUACGGAGUGUGAUUGGAGUAGGGAUCUCUUUAAGAUGGUGGCAGACAAGCUUCAAGCCAUGGAUGAUUUCGUUAUCCCGGUGGGUCCUAAUGCGGCACCAUCACAAAAGUAAAUGUCUUCCCAUCGUCCAUAACGUUCCUGAAAUAUCAAGUGAAAUAUGACUUAGGAUUAGGCUGAAUUUGGAAGGAAUUUUCACUGUUUCAUUUCAUUGUUAGUCAAUAGUCAAUAAUUUGAGUUAUGCCCCCCCCCCCCCCCAUACA